AAUGUGAGAAAAAUGUAAAAAUUAUGUUUGAAUUAUAUUUAAGACAAUGCAUUGUUGUUAUUAUGCGAAUUAAAAAUAUUACAAAAUGAUGUCUGAUGAAUCCGAAAACGAUGGUGCUUAUGUAGACCAUCAAGAAAAAGAUAUUUAUUAUAAAAAAUAUAAAUUAUUACUAGAAGAAUGUUCUAAUUUACAACGAUCAAACGAGAUAUUAGUUUUUAGAAUACAAGAAGUAAAUAAAAUAACAAAAAGAAGACUGAAAGAUAUUAAAUUCUUCAAACAAAGGUUAUUGAAUAAUUAUGAAGAAGAUUGGUCUGUUAUUCCUAAUUUAGAUGAAGCUUUAAAUGAAGAAGGCGAUAAAAGAUCUAUUCAGCAUUUGUUACUCUCUGGUAAAAUAAAAGAAGAGAAAUUUGAUGAAGAGGAAAAAGCAGAUAAAAAGCCUAUUAAAAAAACAACCAAAAGAAAAACUCAUAAAUCCGAAAAGGAUCCCAAUGCCCCGAAAAGGCCAUCAAAUCCCUUCUUUCAAUUUUGUCAAGAACAGCGUCAAAUUCUGAUGGAACAAAUAGCAGCAGAAUUAAAGCCUGGAGAAGUUGAACCAACCAAACAGGAAUUAACAAGACAAUUGGCUAUUAGGUGGAAAACUUUGUCAGUACAUGAUAGAAAAGUGUAUGUAGAUAGAUAUGAACGAUCUAAGGAGAAAUAUGCUGCAGAACUAGAGGAAUAUAAUAUGAAAAAAUGAAAUUCAAUUGCACUGUGGCAGUAAUUAGUUUAAUUGUUAAUAGUACAAUUUUGUAAUGGAUAAUCUCAUAUGAAAAGCAUUGUGAUUUUGAAUGUUUUACAUACCUAAGAAUUACAGUGGUGUUCAGGAAUAUAAAGACAACUAAAGCUAAUUUGUAUUAGAGGUGAUAACCCUACUUUAUAGUAUUUAUUGAAUAAAGAGUUUAAUUGAUA